AUGGAAUUAUCUUGCAGCAUCGUGAACAAGAUUGUGUGGACGCGGGAAAUCGGGUUCAAGUUUUUGAUCGCGAAAGUCACUGAACUCUUCCCUCUUCCCUCUUUCCCGCACCUCUUCCCUACCCUCUCCACGACCACCUAUUUAUUUGGACGAUGCGGACGAUGGUCUUCCAUUCGAUAUCUUAGCACGUUCGCGCAACAAAUUGAACCUACGACGAGGUCAAGACCAGAACCUAUUCCAAUCAAGCAUGAACCACCACAGACUCGUCCACAGCCAGACCCGUACCUCCUAGUCGCGCCAGAACUCACGCAUAUACGAAAAAAUAUGCUGAACCUACUUGGAACCGCACAUCCAGACCUCGCAGAUAUAGCAGAGUAUUAUUUCUUGCAACCGUCAAAGCAACUACGGUCGCUCCUUAUCUUGCUGUUUUCCCGUGCGACGAAUGGCCUGGGUCGGAAUUGGGAACGAAAACACUGGGAUGCCGCGUGCGAGGCAAGCUCUGGACAAUCGGAAGAGCUGGAUCGACCUCUUGCACUAUCAAACGUUCUCAACGAAUGGAACCCUAGUAUGCCAGACCAUACGGAGUCUUUUGGGUCUGUAUUCACUCUACAACAAGCUGUGCCACGUCUCGAACACCCCCCACCCCCUCCUUCGUCACCUCUUACGCGUGCCAUACCAGGCAUUAUCUCUCUCCCUUGUCUCCUUCCGACCCAAAUACGGCUAGCACAAAUCGUAGAGAUGGUCCACGUCGCCUUCCAGCUGCACGAAGGCAUCACAAAAGGCUCAGAGGCUGAGUCGAGCAGCAUGCAGAGCAUGGGCUUCGGGAACAAGCUGUCCAUCCUUGGCGGGGACUUCUUGUUGGGACGCGCCAGCACAGCGCUGUCGCGUCUAGGAGAGAGCGAGGUCGUGGAGCUCGUGGCGAGCGUGAUAUCCAACCUCGUGGAAGGCGAGUUUUUGAGGAUGGAGGAGAUUAGGACGCCUGAGCUCGGUGUUAUGUGCGGCCCUAGAAGUGUUCUGAGCGCGUGGGAACUCUACCUGCGAAAAACAUAUUUGAGAACGGCGAGUUUGGUGGCGAAGGGUGCUCGUUCUGCUGUCGUUCUUGGAGGUUGUCGGGAAGGGGAUAUCUGGAAGGAGGUGGCAUAUGCUUAUGGCCGGAAUUUGGGUAUCGCUUACCAGCUAUUGGAAGACGCUCUAGAUAUCAAGCACAUGCAGCCCGGGCUGGCUACCGGACCUGCUCUUUUUGCAUCAGAAGAAUGCCCUCGAUUAGUGCCUCUGAUUCAACGGAAUUUCACGGGCGAGGGUGACACCGAACUGGCUGUUGAAUACAUCCAGGCGACAUCAGGAGUCGAACGCGCACGUCUCCUCGCCGAAGCCUAUGCGGACAAGGCGCGAGACGUGCUUCAGUUACUUCCGGACAGCGAAACAAAAAUUGCCCUCGAGGUUCUGACAGAGUUGGCUGUGAAACGUUCAUGGUAA